AUGGAGAGCUACGAGAACGAGUACAUUGAGGAUGGAGAAGACUUAGAGCUUUCCCAACACCGACCCGAGACUGCCUCACAGAGCCAACCUGAGACACAAAACGUCGUUGAUGAAGCCGAAUUACUUGCCGCUCAGGCUGCUGCUGAGGAGGCCGCAGCGCAACAGCAGCACCAGCCAGGCGGUGCCUUUCACAACGUAGGUCAAGGUUUGACCGGAAGAUAUCGUGAUAUGAUGAUGCAGUACUGGCAAGAAACGAUCAACUCGAUCGAGCACGAUGACCACGAUUUCAAAAACCACCAGCUUCCGUUGGCCAGAAUCAAAAAAGUGAUGAAGACAGACGAAGAUGUGAAAAUGAUCAGUGCUGAAGCACCUAUUUUGUUUGCCAAAGGGUGCGAUGUGUUCAUAACGGAAUUGACCAUGAGAGCGUGGAUACAUGCCGAAGAGAAUAAGAGAAGAACGUUGCAGAAAUCUGAUAUAGCAGCUGCACUUACUAAGAGUGACAUGUUUGACUUUUUAAUCGAUGUGGUUCCACGAGAAGAAGAAAAACCAAAAAAAGCAGCCUACAUGAGUGCUGCCAUGUCUCGACCCACUUACAGCACCAAUUACUCACAUCAUCAGGUUCAACUUGCUCACCCUCUGCAAGAAGCUGUCAAUGGUGACGCUUCGAUCAAGAACGGAGCACAGCCCAUUGAAGGCACUAGCAGUGAAUUGCACGAGCAAGAAGUCAAGUCCGAAGAAAUUGCACAAGAAGAACUGUAUACUAAUAAUCACGAGGCUUCGAGAACCGGCUCACAAACUUUGGAGCAAGAUGAAGGUUUUGGAGAGAUACCGUGA